UGAGAAACAGGAAGGAAGAAUAGAGGGGACUUCAACGUUCAAGGAGGAUCAAAGAAAGUUGCCAAAUGAUACUAAGAUUUUGCCAAAGAUGGAUGAGCAUAGUCGAGGAAAGGAAUUUGAAAAGUUGAGGAGGAGAUUUGAGAGGAAAGCUCAAAGAGUAUUGCAAGAGCAAGUCUUAAAAUUGGAAAGAGAAGCAGAGGAUGCAUCAGCUUUAUCGUUAGUGAAGGAGACGCCACAACUUGGAUCACCUGGAACAAUCUGGACACCAAGAAGACAAUCUUUUGCCCAUUUUGAAGAUUUUAAGAAGUCUAGCCAUGCGCGAAUGAAAGGUCAUGCAUUUAAUACUCUGAGCCUUCAGAAACAUGAGAGACAGAUUUUACAUCAAACUGAGGAGUUGAAGGCAAAGAAUGCAAAGAAGAGUGAGGCACUUCAAGUGAGCGGAGAAAUCCAAAGGAGGAAAUCAAAGAACAGCACCAAGGUCAAAGUAUUUUCUCCAAGGAUGGGCUCCAAUGUUGAAACAUGUAAAAUAAAGGCUAUAGAAGAGAUGAGAAAAGCGAAACUAAAGAUGAAGAAAGCAAAGGAGAAAAUCAGGGAGGGAAAGCAAGGCUUAGAUAGCUUUGCCGUGGUAAAGUUUUCAUUGGACCCACAACAAGACUUCAGAGAUUCAAUGGUUGAGAUGAUCAGAGAGAAGCAGAUCAGCCAGCCAGAGGAAAUGGAAGAGCUUUUAGCAUGUUAUCUGACUUUGAAUUCUGAUGAAUACCAUGAUCUCAUCAUCAAGGUAUUUCGGCAGGUAUGGUUCAACAUGAACUUAGAUAGUAAGGGUAUUAAGUUAAACAAGUAAUGUUGCUAUGACUAGAACUUCUAAUUGAUAGCAAACUUGAGCAGAAAUUCAAGUAGUUAAUCUUCAAACUUCUGUUUUUUCCGGUAAUGUUUUGCUUUUAGUUAAAAUUCAUUCCUUCCUUCAAAUAUUUCUCAUGAAAUUCAAGAUAAGUUGCUUAGAAAUUUCA